AUGGCGACAGUCCUUGCUCGUGGUUUGGGAAAGGGGGGCUCCUCGGCCUCGACGACGUCACUGAAUAGCGAUAUCCCCCCGCUCGGCGCCCCGACGGAGGAGAAGAAGUCGUGGUUUCAGCGCUCGCCGUACCUUGACCGCGAUGCCGUCGCCACACAGGCGAGCGUCUUUGAUGACCCCACCACGGCGGAAAAGUAUCACCCGCGACCAGACUGGGAAAACACGCAUCGCUUCGAUCCCCUAUUCCGAUGGACGUGGCGAGAAGAGUUCCGGCUCGUGCGCAAGAUGGACCUCUACAUCAUGGUCUGGGCGUGCAUCAUGUUCAUGGCCCUCGAGCUGGAUCGCGCAAACAUCUCGCAGGCUCUUACCGACGAGCUCCUGCCCGAUCUCGGCAUGACGACAAACGACUACAACCUGGGCAACACCGUGUUCAAGCUCAGCUUCCUCUGCGCCGAGCUCCCCUCCCAGCUCGUCUCCAAGUGGAUGGGCCCCGACCGCUGGAUCCCUCUGCAGAUCACGCUCUGGAGCAUCGUCGCCGGUAGUCAGUUCUGGCUUUCCGGACGCCAGUCGUUCCUCGUCACGCGCGCCCUGCUGGGCAUUCUUCAAGGCGGCUUCAUCCCCGAUAUUGUCAUCUAUCUGUCCUACUUUUACAAGCACGCGGAGCUUUCCAUCCGUUUGAGCUUCUUCUGGACGGCCAUGAGCAUCGCCGACAUCCUGUCCGCCAUUUUCGCCUACGGGUUGCUCCGCAUGCGCGGCGUCGAAGGCCGUUCGGGCUGGCGGUGGCUGUUCCUCAUCGAGGGCCUUGUGACCCUUGUCGUUGGCGUCAUGUCGUGGCUGCUCAUGCCUGCCGGGCCUUGCCAGACUGCGAGCUGGUUUCGCGGGAAAAAGGGUUGGUUCUCGGAACGUGAGGAGAAAAUCAUCGUCAACCGCGUGCUGCGGGAAGAUCCGAGCAAGAGCUCCAUGCACAACCGCGAGCCCGUCACGCCCAAGCUCCUUUGGCAGAGCCUCCAGGACUACGACCUCUGGCCAUUGUAUAUCCUCGGUCUCAUCUUCCAGAUUCCCAUGACGCCUGUGCAGCAGUACCUGACGCUCACGCUCAAGGGACUCGGGUUCAAUACCUUUGAGACGAACCUGCUUACCAUCCCUUAUACGGUCGUUCACAUAUUCACCAUGGUUGCCCUGACCUACCUCUCCGAGCGCACCGGACAACUCACUCUUGUGGCCUUGCUCGGCCAACUCUGGGCGUUUCCAUUCCUCAUCUACAUGAACGUCGUCAACACCGCGACGGCAAACAAAUGGGUCAUCUGGACGAUUGUGACGCUCUUGCUUGGCUACCCAAACGCCCACCCCAUCCAAGUCGCCUGGAACUCGCGCAACUCCAACGCCGUUCGGUCCCGCACCGUCUCGGCAGCCUGCUACAACAUGUUUGUCCAGGCUGGCGGUAUCAUAUCGUCCAACAUUUACCGUAAUGACGACAAGCCACGCUACGUCCGGGGCAACAGACAACUCCUUUCGAUCCUCUGCAUGAACUUUAUCGUGUAUCUUCUCGUCAAGGUGUACUAUGUGUGGCGCAACAAGGCGAGAGACCGCAAGUGGGAGGCGAUGACGCCGGAGCAGAAGCUCGAGUACCUCUCCACGACGACGGAUCAAGGGAACAAGCGUCUAGACUUUAGGUUCGACCACUAG